CUUCCACCUCUAAUAAUUAAUCGUAUUUUGUUCGUCAUUACGUUGAUUUCUUCGUUCGUUUCGUGUUUUUUUUUUAAAAUGGCCGAUACAAAGGGCUUUUCCAGCAUCGAGACUCCCGGCUAUGUGGGCUUCGCUAACUUGCCCAACCAGGUUCAUCGCAAGUCCGUGAAAAAGGGCUUCGAGUUCACGCUGAUGGUGGUGGGCGAAUCCGGACUGGGCAAGUCCACGCUGGUCAACAGCCUCUUCCUCACCGAUCUCUAUCCCGAGCGCAUCAUUCCGGAUGCCAUAGAGAAACAAAAGCAGACGGUGAAGCUGGAGGCAUCGACGGUGGAGAUCGAGGAGCGCGGCGUCAAGCUGCGACUGACGGUGGUGGACACACCCGGAUUCGGCGAUGCCAUCGACAACUCCAACAGCUUUGGCGCCAUACUCGAGUACAUUGACGAGCAGUACGAGCGCUUCCUGCGCGACGAGAGUGGCCUCAACAGACGCAACAUUGUGGACAAUCGCAUUCACUGCUGUUUCUACUUUAUAUCGCCCUUUGGCCAUGGCCUAAAGCCCCUCGACGUGGAGUUCAUGAAGAAGCUGCACUCGAAGGUCAACAUUGUGCCCGUGAUCGCCAAGGCCGAUUGCCUGACGAAGAAGGAGAUCCUGCGCCUCAAGUGCCGCAUUAUGCAGGAGAUCGAGAGCCACGGCAUCAAGAUCUACCCACUGCCAGACUGUGAUUCCGACGAGGACGAGGACUACAAGGAGCAGGUGAAGCAACUGAAGGAAGCAGUGCCUUUCGCCGUCUGCGGCGCCAACACUCUGCUCGAGGUCAAGGGCAAGAAGGUGCGCGGCCGCCUCUAUCCGUGGGGCGUGGUCGAGGUGGAGAAUCCCGAUCACUGCGACUUCAUCAAGCUGCGCACCAUGCUGAUCACCCACAUGCAGGACCUGCAGGAGGUGACGCAGGAGGUGCACUACGAGAACUACCGCUCCGACCGGCUGGCCAAGGGCAUCAAGGGCAAGGAGAACGGCGUGAAGGCCGAUCGGGACCGGGACAGCAACUCGCAGGUGGUGGCCAAUACACUGGGCGAAAAGGAUCGCAUUCUGCAGGAGAAGGAGGCCGAGCUGCGGCGGAUGCAGGAAAUGCUCGCUCAAAUGCAGGCGCGCAUGCAGGCCCAGCAAUGAGCAGGCUCGUAUAUAUAUACUAUAUAUACGCGCUGAGCGGAGGCGGCAAUCUAUACAUAGUUAUACACACAACUCGUAUAUAUACAUAUACACAACAUAUAUUUUGUACGCAGAUUUUGGUUGCGAUCGCGCUUUAAUUCUACUCUCAAUUGUGAAACGACGGGCGCUAAUGAUUCUGUAUUAAUUUCGCAUUCUCCAUAUACAUAUAUAUAUACAAAUAAUCGUAGGAUCUAGGUAUACACACCAUAUACAUUUAUACACACACAACCAACACCUGCCACGUAGGCAAAACGUCUGCAAUGCAAUUGCGCUCCAUCAAAGAAA